GCCAUGUCAACACUGUUGAAAUCAAUGAAUCAUCUGCAGUGAACUUUGUGAACGAGGAACAAGGAAGCAGAUGAAAAUUAAGAGCUGUGUUUCAGUUUCAUUUAACGUGGAGAUGUGACGAAAGCAGACAUACAGUUUACUGUGAAGAGAAAUGGAAAUGGCUAGAUACAGAACAGUGAUGAGAUUCCUCUUAAGUGUUGGAAUCUUUUUUCAAGCGUGUGAUUCCGCUGUGAAAUGCAGGAAUGACAAAGGAAACGAGGUCGACUGGUAUAUUUUAUACAAGUUGCCCAAGGUGAAUGAUGGCGGUUUAUCGUAUCUGUACAUGGAUGAGAACACCAAUGGAUGGAAGCUCAGCAGACAGAACAUUAACAGUAAAUCUGGCACUCUGGCAAACACCCUGAAACCACUGUUUGACUUCUAUGACAGAAAGGUUGAAGGCUUUGGAUACAUGCUCUACAGCGACCAACCUCCAGAUCCAUAUAAAGCUCCAGCAUCAUUUGGCCACAGUAAAGGAGUUGUGAUGUUGGACAGACGAACUGGAGUUUGGCUCUCUCACAGUACACCAAGAUUUCCAGCAUAUCACAGUAAAGACUUCUGGCCUACAAAUGGAAAUGCUAACGCCCAAACAUUUAUGUGUGUGACUUAUUCCUAUAAUGAAUUCAGAGAAAUAGGAUUGCAGCUCAAGUUCAUCCACGCUUAUUCAUAUGACUCUGACAUACCGACAACCUUUCAAAAUGAGCUGCGAUGUGUUGCACAGCGAACUUGCCUCCCAAAGAAGGAACCUUGGUUUAGAGAGACGACCCUGACUUCAGUGAAAGGACAUAAUUUCCACAGCUUUGCAAAAUACAAACGUUUUGGGGAUGAUCUUUACUCAGGCUUUAUUGUAAACAGUUCAGAACAAGAUCUGUAUGUCAAGAGCUGGGGAAAGAUGCGACGCCCUCUUCCUUCUAACUGCAGCAUCACUCCUCAUUUAUACAAUGUGAAGGAAGUACGACUCCCCAACAUGCAGCCCUUCAGUGACACUGUAGAUCACUCCAAGUGGUGUGUGACACCUGGUGGUGGCUGGACCUGCAUCGCUGACAUGAACAGGGAAGAGAGUCAGAUGGACAGAGGUGGAGGAGCUAUAUGCACCAAUGAUGUUACAGUUGGGAAGGCUUUCUAUACACUGAUCACAAAGCAUGGACCAUGUAAACGUGAACAAGCAUAUUCUAAUGCUCAAAACAGAGAGCUUUAAAGGCACAAUCCUCAUCAAAAUGUGAAGAAGGAACCUGAUAUCACAUCAGACUGAAUAUUGCUGUGCUUUACAUUUUAGAUUUAUACUCUGUAUUUUGAUGUUUUCGUUCACCGUUUUAGUCUGUAUGGUGGAUUUUUAUUAAUGACUUUUUAUUUAUGACAAAAUGUUUUAAAAAAAAAAAUAUUUUUAAGCAUUAAUUUAAGUCAUGUUUUAAGCUUUAAUUUAAAUCAUGUAUUGAGCAGUAAAACAAA